AUGUGUAUUGCAGUGAGCAACGGCGGCAGCGUGUCCGUGGCCAUCGCGGAUGAAACGCUCCCUCCGAAGCAGGGCGCCGCAGGGCCUCCGUCGCCGGCGGGCCCGGGCCGCGCCGUGCUGCGGUGGGCGGCGCAGCGCGCGCGCCGCGGCUGCACCCGCAAGCUGCUGCUGCGGCGGGUGCCCAUCCUGGCGUGGCUGCCGCAGUACACGCUGGCCAAGGGCGUGGCCGACCUGGUGGCCGGCUUCACCGUCGGCCUCACCGUCAUCCCGCAGGCCAUCGCCUACGCCAGCGUCGCCGGCCUGCCGCCGCAGUAUGGGCUGUACUCUUCAUUCAUGGCAUGCUUUAUCUACACAAUCUUUGGUAGCUGCAAAGACAGCCCUGUUGGACCUACUGCAAUUGCUGCUAUCUUGACCAGGGAAAACCUGCAAGGCCUGGGACCACCAUUUGCAGUGCUCCUAUGUUUCCUCAGUGGCUGUGUUGAGUUACUCAUGGGUAUACUGCAAUUAGGUUUCCUUAUUGACUUCAUAUCUGGACCUGUGUCAGUUGGAUUCACAUCAGCUGCGGCCAUCAUAAUUGCUACAACACAAGUAAAGGAUGUACUUGGCCUGAAGUUCUCUGGAAGUGAGUUCCUUGAAGUGUGGCGCAAAUUAUUUGAGCAUAUAACAGAAACAAGAAAGUGGGAUGCUAUACUUGGAUUUGCUUGUAUGGCUGUCCUGUUGCUUCUUCGAAAAGUGAAAGACAUCCCUGUUGGUCCUGCUGAUCCAAAGGAAAAAACAAAAAUUCAGAAAAUUCUUGGUCAACUCCUUUGGUUUGUUUCAACUACAAGAAAUAUAAUUGUUGUUGUCGUAUGUGCUGUAAUGGCAUACAUGUUCAAAGAGCAUGGGGAGGAACCAUUUAUUCUUACAGGAGAAAUCAAAGGUGGCCUCCCAGAAUUCACUUUUCCACCAUUUUCUGCUGAAGUGAACAACCAGACAUACACAUUUUUGAACAUGGUUUCUAACCUAAGUUCUGCUACAUUUGUUGUUCCAUUGCUGGCCAUUCUGGAAAACAUAGCUCUGGCUAAAGUAUUUUCUGAAGGUAAACCAGUAGAUGCUACACAAGAAAUGAUUGCUCUGGGCGUGUGCAACAUCAUGUCUUCAUUUGUGGGUUCUAUGCCUGUAUCUGGAGCAUUGUCUCGUGGAGCUGUAAAUCACGCAAGUGGAGUCGCCACUACGUUUGGUGGCAUUUACACAGGAAUUAUUGUGAUACUCUCUCUUCAUUUAUUCACACCAUACUUCGCGUACAUCCCAAAAGCAUCUCUUGCGGCAGUUAUUAUUGCUGCUGUUGUGUUCAUGGUAGAAUUCCAUGUGGUGAAGCCUAUGUGGAGAACAAAAAAAAUAGACCUGAUCCCUGCAUGUGCAACAUUUUUGUCAUGCCUUUUCUACCGCUUGGAACUGGGCAUUGUAGUCGGCAUUGGAAUUAAUGUUGUUUUCCUAUUAUAUGCCUCUGCAAGGCCAUCAGUCAAGGUGGAAAAAUUUGUGAGUUCAUCAGGAUGUGAAUAUCUACUAAUUACUCCUGACAGAAGCUUAGUAUUCCCAUCUGUUGAAUAUGUACGAAAUGUGGUUUCGAAAGCAGGCAUUAAACAGGGAUCAAGCUCAAUUCCAGUUGUUAUUGACAGUCGACAUAUUCAAGCUGUUGACUUUACAGCAGCUAAGGGUAUCAAGUCUUUGAUUGAAGACUUCUACAAACGAAAUCAACCAAUACUCUUUUACAACCUAAAACCAAGUGUGGUAGAAAUUUUCCAGGGAGUGCAACCCAAAGAUCUUAAGCAUUGCAGCAACGAAGCAGAGUUGAAUGAAAUGCUGAAAGCAUAUGCAAACCAAACACAAGGACACCAACAGCAGAUGACUCUCAGGAUUUGAAAUCGCAGUAUUCAUCAUUUGUCAGAGUUGGGAUUUUGUGAUCAACCCAAUAUUUCUUCAGUGUCCUAGAACUACAAGUAUUUGAAUUAAUUACAGAAACAUAAGGUUCAGUGAUGUUAAAGCUGGUGUGUUCUGUGAACUACACAUAAGCGUUAUUAUUGGAGAAUGAACUGUGGCUUCAGAUUGGCUUGAAUAUUCAUGCAACAAAACAGUAUUGAAUUCCUAUUUGUGUGUGUGUGUGUGUGUGUGUGUGUGUGUGUGUGUGUGUGUGUGUGUGAGCACCUAUGUGUGCAUGCAUGACCAUUUGUAGUAUUAUACAUACAAUUUAUACUACACAUCUCCUGCAUUCCUGUAAAUGGAGAUGUAAUAAUUGUAAAAAUAUUGUUGUACAAUCAAUGUGUAAUAUUAAUUUAUAAAAAGUCAAACAAAGAACAAUAUUGCACUAUUGUGUAUAUAGAUAAGCAUAUUUAUAAAUGUCUCUCAUCAACCAAAGAAACUUUUUUCCUUUUUUAUAGAGAGUUGGAGAAAAGAUAUAGAUUAAAUUCGAGAUUUUCAUUUUGUGUUGAUGCCGUUAUUAUACUUAACUUGCCAUUCCUAUAUUCCUUUUGUCUCCUGUCCCAUUUUCACACCAACCGAAGCUCAAAUGCUUCAAAGUAUCAGAUAUUACUGUUUGUUAUAAUCACUCUGUUUUGCAAUUACAAAAGCCAAAUGUACAGACAUUAAUAAAGCACAUACAC